AUGUCUUUUGGAUUGGUCCCUAUCUUGGUCGCGGUGGCCAUACAACUCCUCCUUAUACCCAGCGUUAUUUCGUCUCUUAACAUUACCAAUGAGUAUCUCCACCAUGCAUGCAAUAACACCCAAGGGAAAUACAAGCCGGGGAGCGUGUUCGAGAAAAAUCUCAACAUUGUCAUCAAAAACAUAUCCACCUUAGAUCUGCGCAACGGUUACGUCCUCGACUCUAAUAUGGAUGUUCCCUAUCAAGAUAUACCUCCGAAUACUGUCUUCGUCUUGCUCCAGUGCCGUGGCGACUCCUACGGGCCCAAGUGUCACUCUUGCCUCGCCACAGCCCUUUCUGGGCUUCGCAAGAAAUGUCCUGGAAACAAAGGAGGCACAAUAUGGUACGACCAAUGUCUUUUGGAUAUUUCUACAUACAAUUCCGGUGACAAGUACAACCGUAAAAGGAUCAACUACGAUAAUUAUUUUUGUAUAUCCAAUCCAAAAGAGGUGAGCGGCGAUAAGAAGAUGUUUCGAAAGAAGAAGGAUAUUUUCACCGAUAAGCUAUUGUCUGAAAUCAACAAGACUGACAUCAGCCUAAGCGGGCCACUGUACGCAACGGGGGAGACGAUGAUUGGGACAAAGAAGCUUUAUGGAAUGGUGCAAUGUACAAACGAGUUAAAAGCGAGUGCUUGCUAUGUGUGUCUAGAGUGGCUUAUCUUUGCACAUCCAUUCUGCGGCCAUGAAGUAAAAGGAGAUAGACUAAUGUGUAGAAGCUGUUAUGCAAGGUUUGAGCUUUACCCAUUUCUUAGAUCUUAG